GUCAAUCCACAAGGUUUUUAAAAUGGCAGAUCCGAAGCCCUUCUCUCCCCUUCCCUUCAUCUUCCACUCUCUCUGCAACAAAGAACUAUAUAUAGAUAGUUUACCAUACAGGCAAUGGAGAAGAAGUAGAGCUGCCUCUCUCUCUUUCCCUCCGCAGACUUUGAUCUAUGAGUAGCUAUUCAUGACAGGUUUUUUCUUCCAAUGGUCACCUCAAGAUCUUCAAAACAAGGCCAAGACUCAGAGUUUUCUCCAGUAUAUGUAUACAUAUAAAGAAAGGGUGGUUAAAGAUUGAUGGCACUACACAAGAGAAAGGAUAUUUCAAAAGCAGGGAUGUCUGCUUGGUGCAUAGUCUGCUCAUUGGUUCUGCUUCUACUCCAUAUCAGCAUGUCCUCAAUUUCUGUGUUCAAUAUUAAAACUAGUUCAGAGAAGCCACGUGCAAAAUUGAGGACGAUUACCAGACAAGGUCCGCAGUUUCGUCUCGGAGGCCAAAUCAGCUGCGACCGCAGUCAGUUGCGCUAUGAUCUCUGCUCGGUCAACGGCUCAACUGUUCUGGACCCCACAACCUCUACUUUCUUUCUCGUAGGCCCUGCCAAUCCAAAUUCGGUGGAAAAAAUCAAACCUUACCCUAGAAAAUUCGAUGAUAUCAUCAUGACCCAAAUCAAAGAACUCACUCUCACCUUGAGCCCAACAAGCCCACCAUGCGAAAUCCAACACAGUGCUCCAGCCCUAGUAUUCAGUGUCGGAGGCUAUACCGGAAACUUCUUUCACGACUUCAAUGACGGAAUCAUCCCUCUCUUCAUCACUGUCAACACCAUCUUCCCCGAUCAAGAUUUCGUCAUCGUUAUCUCAGAAGCUCCUAGCUGGUGGGUCACCAAGUACGUAGAUUUUCUAAACGCGUUCACGACACACCCGAUCUUGACACUCAACGACACGACGAGGACCCAUUGUUUUCCUUCAGCAGAAUUUGGCCUAAUCUCGCAUGGCUUCAUGACGAUAAACCAAACCCUAAUGCCUAACCAAAGAACGUUCCUGCAUUUUAGGGCUCUUCUGGAGAAAGCUUAUAGCCAAAACGUUUUGAACCCUCCAACUCCAAGCCUAGAGUCUCGUCCACGGCUCUUGCUUGCGAGCCGCAAGGGAAGCAAAGGACGUGAGAUUGUGAAUGAGGAUGAAGUAAUUGAGGCGAUGGAAGAAAUUGGUUUUGAAGUGAUUGUUUUUGCACCCAAGGCUAAUACCUCCUUGGUUGAAUCUUAUGCACUGAUCAAAUCAAGCCAUGCAUUGGUUGGGGUGCACGGUGCAGCACUUACACACUAGUUGUUUCUACGUGCAAGGGCAGUGUUUGUGCAGGUGGUUCCAAUUGGGAUCGAGUGGGCUUCCGAUGCUUUUUUUGGGAGGGUAGCAAGAGGGUUGGAUUUGGAGUACAUGGAGUACAGGAUUGGAGUGGAAGAGAGUAGCUUGGUGGAAAAAUAUGGGAGGGAUAGCUUGUUGUUGAAGGAUCCUCAUGGUAUUCAGGUUCAGGGGAAAGGGUGGCCUCCUGAGAUCAUGAAUAUAUAUUUGAUGGAGCAAAAUGUGAAGCUUGAUUUAGGAAGGUUUAGGGAAUUCUUGAAGAAACCUUACAGCAAGGCCAAGCAAUUCAUGGACAGGCACGGUUAAGGGGAGAUUUUAUUUUAUUUUAUUUUAUUUUCAAAUGGUUAAGGGAAGAUUGAAAUGUUAUUGUACUGAACAUGUAAUCAGAUAUGCUUUUGAUUCGAUUUACUUUUUGGUCUUUCAUUUUAAAUCUUUAAUAUUUAUAGUUGAUAAAGAAAACUCAUGAAAUUAGGCAACCAUAUCAAUAAUUUUAUAGCGUGUUUGUUUAUUA